AUGCUUAAGAAGCGCGCCGUGCGCCGCGGGCGCGCAGUGACCGGCCCCUGCCCUAACCGCGCCCCUCUGCAGGUGGGGGGCGCCGCCGUCAUGGCCGUGGGCGUCUGGACCCUGGUGGAGAAGAGCGGCUACCUGAGCGUCCUGGCCUCCAGCACCUUCGCGGCCUCGGCCUACAUCCUCAUCUUCGCGGGCGCGCUCGUCAUGGCGACCGGUUUCCUGGGCUUCGCCGCCAUCAUCCGCGAGCAGAAGAGCUGUCUUUCCACCUACUUCUGCCUGCUGCUCGUGAUCUUCCUCGUUGAGCUGGUGGCGGGAGUCCUGGCCCACGUGUACUACCAGAGGCUGAGUGACGAACUGAAGCAGCACUUGAACCGGACCCUGACGGAGAAGUACGGGCAGCCCAGAGCGACGGAGGUCACAACCUCGGUGGACCGUCUGCAGCAGGACUUCAAGUGCUGCGGGAGCAACAGCUCGGCCGACUGGCAGCACAGCGCCUACAUCCUGUCACGGGAGGCCGAGGGCCGGUGGGUCCCCGACAGCUGCUGCAAGACCGUGGUGGCCCGCUGCGGCCAGCGAGCCCACCCCUCCAACAUCUACAAGGUGGAGGGAGGCUGCAUCACCAAGUUGGAGCAGUUCCUGGCCGACCACCUGCUGCUCAUGGGGGCGGUGGGCAUCGGGGUGGCCUGCCUGCAGAUCUGCGGGAUGGUCCUUACCUGCUGCCUGCACCAGAGGCUCCAGCUGCAAUUUUACUAAUGAUCCACCACUCCCCACUCCGCCACCUCUCACCAGGACUCAUGCCCACAUCCCACGUGCCAGCCCUGCACAGUCAUCCUUGGCUCAACUGGGAGCAUAGACCCCCCCCCCAUACCCUGUGCCCAGCCCCCGAGAACCCACAGAAGUGCCUAAGACCACGGCUCCUGCUCUACCUACCCAGGCCAGGGCCUCUCAGGGCCCUUCCCUCCACUUCUGAGUGCUCACUGCCAAAAACCUUGGGCCCUCCUGGCCCCCUGCACUGGGAUCCAGCUCUCCCUCCUCCGGGAUGCAGCCCCUCCUGUGCUCCACAGCCCUCGUCUUGCCUCUGCGCAGGCGUGGUAGGCACUGCUUUUUUCCCCUCUGGGAAAUGCACCAGGGUGGGGCGGUUAGGGCUGGCUCUGCCCGCAUCCACCCACCCCCAACCAUGCUGUCUCACCUGGAAGCCGAGUCCCAGUCCCGGCAGCCUUGUUCCUUCCUGCAGGGCCUGGGGUUGGGUAGCCACAGGCUGGGUGGAGCUGCCAGGGCGGGUAGGCAGGGAGCAGGAUGCAGGUGAGCUGGCUACAGCCAAACCUGCUGCAGCAGGCCCAGAGCCCAGCGGCCUUCCCAGGAGGAAGGUCCCCUGGGGGGCAAUGGCCCCAAGCCCCAGCCUCUGGAUGUGGCAGUUUAAUACUUGCAUUUUAACACUGACUUGUCAUGUGUCCCUUCAGGGAUCUCCUGUAAGUGUCAGAUUUUUAAAACCACCUUCAGCUCUUAGUGGGUAUAAAAAUGCUCUCGACUGAGACCAAAUCUCAGAGCCUACAAAGUAGAAGCCAUUAAGGAGCUCUGAGUAUAGGAAUCUCUGCCAGAUCUGUUUUUCCUGGGGUCCCCUCAGCGGACCAUGUGGGCAGCACCCCCAGUCCCCCAUGGAGCCUCACUUGGCUCCCCCCACCCCUGUCCCUGAGUGAAUACAGCCUUUUUCUUUGCUCCUUCGCCACUGAAUUAGGCAGUGAAUUUGAGGAAGAAUGUUCCCAAAAAACAAGGGAGAACAAAAGGAAAAUCUUUCUAGAAAAUAGAACGUAGGUGCUGGCAGUUUUCCUGGGAACAGGUAUCAGCUCUUAUGAGUGGGCAGCAACUGCACGCCUGGCUUCCGUACCCCUAGUUCCUGUGCUUCUCCCCGGGACUGGGACCCUCUGACUUCCCACCGCAUGAAAGGGUGUCACCUUGUCAUGCUAGGACCAAGGCCACAAAAGGUCCAACCUUGAGCUAGCUCACGUCUGAGGAUCCCAGCUCUCGCUGCCCUGGGUCCAUCCUGGUGAGGCUGCUCUCCCUCCCUUCUGGAGCUGCUGCCUGGCCGCCCCACGCUGCCUGCCGCCAACCUUAGCCUUGAACUUUACAGAAACGACAUCCUCAGAACAGGAAUCACCCUCGUGGACAGAGGGAAGACCAGUAUCCUGUCCUGGGAGAUUCUCCAGGGGCUAUUUGGAACCUGGGUUGGUUUAUCUUCCCUGCCCUGAAGGCCCUGGGGUUGCCAAUACAAGUUCCCUAAGAAGGGAGGCCGGCGUUCCUAGCAACCACAGACUGCUCCAAGGCCAAAAGAAAUGGUUUUGUGAUUAACUUUGCUACCCUCCAACUUCCUGGGAUUCGUGCAGAUAAUCAAAAACAAACAACAACAACAACAAAAAGACACACAAAAAAUGCCUGACUCCCAAGCUCCCCAAAGGGCUAGAUCAGACCCUCAGGUUUCACAGAGGGAAGGCUGAAAAAGAGGGCCUGCUGGAUUUGAGCUAGGAUCUUCUGCCACGGCCCCUCAGGGGCUGGGGGCAGAGGGAUGCUGAGGCCGUGUACAUGGCUGCCCCCGGUGGGUUCCUUUCAUUCUUCCCCCAGGUCAGCUGGGCUUGUGGAGAUGGGAGACAGCGGAUGAUAGACCUGAGAUAAAAAUCCUCUCUGCUCCAGGUGGCUUUUGCACAGCCUUGUCCCUGGGGGGAAAAGCCCAGGAGAGCCUGGCUCAUCUGCCCCAGCCCCACAAAUUGGAUCCCGCUGGCCUGACCAACCACAGUAUUAGCCAUGAUUCCUGCCCUGGGCAUCGCUGGUCCACCCUGCGGAGGGUGAGAGGACAGCUCAGAGGGGAAACGUGACCUCCUGUGAGACUGACAGCCUGGGACGUAAGACAGGGUCAAAGGAAACCAAGGCCCGGGACAGGGCAGAGUUCCGCCGAGGGGCACACAGAAGUUUGGCACCCAGAGCCAAGGCUGUAGCUGCCGGUGAGGGGUGCCUGGGGCUGGCGCAGUCAUUAGUCCCUCUGGCAGAGGGAAGGACGCUCCUGUUGAAAGUCACCAUCAAUCCCGGCACCCGAGAAGAAGCUGGCAUUUGAGGGAGCUCUGAAAUCACCCAGUGCCUGGACUUCCCUACAGCUCGGCCAGCAUGUCCUCACCCUGAACACAGCAGGCUGCCCUCCCGGCCCCUCAGCUCACAGGGCAGUCACCCAGCGAGAUGGCACAACCCCUGAGCCCCCAGAUGACCUUUGUCUGGGGAGAUGUGGAGACAAGACCAGAGGGGCUGGGCUGGAACCCCCUCCCCACAGCAUCCCACAGUUCUUCAUCUCUGUGUAAUAAGCUGUCAGGCUGACAUGCAGGAACACAGUGCCCCUUGGGGGGCACUGUUGAAUGCAGAGCCUUGGCACCCCAUCCCGGGUUGGCUGAGCCAUUCGUCACAGCCUCAGCGUCGGAGAGAAGACUGGCUUCUUUCAGGCUGGCAGCCAGGCCUCCUGGCUCAGUAGCUCUGGCUGCCAGCAGGAGCCCGAGGGCCCACAGCUCACAACCACGGCCCAGCCAUCAUCUCAGGUGCUGAUGCCAAUGUGCCCUUCCCCAGCAAUGCCUGGAGGGACAGCGGGGCCGUUACUCAGCUUUCAGGGCCUUCAAGCCAGGGCUGACCCUCACUCCAGGUGGGCAUCAUUGUCUGGGGCCUGGGAGCCGGUGAGGGAGCAGAAGAGCCGAGGGUCCUAUCCACACAGUGCCAGCCUGGGCAGGGAGGAGGGCGCCCUGGGUGGGUGCUGCCAACCACCUCCCCUUCAGUGGAAGCCCCUGGCUGCACUCUUUCCCCUCACCUGCACUGAGCACCUGCUGUUGGUUUCUGUCUCAGGGAGCUCAUGGUCUGGAAUCCCAUGCAGCCCCCCACUCUCACACACAGCCAGAGGCGUCUAGAUCUGAGGCUCCGAGGAGGGGCAGGGGUGACUGAGCAGUAUGCAGUGCCCCCAGGACUUCCUGCCCAGAACCACAGUUUUCGAUCUUGUUCUCUGCUGCUCUGGGUCCAUCUUCAGAGUUCUGAGUUGGUGGAAGUGGCUUGGAGCUGUCUCUUUCUCUACCACCCACCCCAUGGUCAGCCUUAAAAGCCUCCUCUACUUAGGGCCACUUCAGGCCAGAAGAAAGCUGCUUCUGGGCCAGCCGUUUGUAUCACCGCUGGGUGGCGCUCACAGCUGCCGAGGACGCUACUUUCUAAUCAGCAGCGUUUCUAAUUGGGGGGAGGGGGUACCUAAUAAGUUCCCGGAUGCUGCUGGCCCUGAACCCCACUUGAAGGACCACACCCCAAAGUCGGACACUGUGCCCCCUUCCCUUGUAGCUCAUGGCCCUUGGGGGUACAGUGUCCCUUGGGCUGUCUAGCUUGAGCUCCACCUGCAGCAGCAUAUGGGAUCAGCAACCCCCGGGAUUCACGGUGAAAGGGUGGGUGAGGCGUAGUCCUUUGCCAGUCUCAACAGUUCUCAGAUGACAGGAAAGUGCCUCUGGUGCUAGGUGGUCCCCGCAGCUCCUGCCCUGCCCUGAGGCUCUGCCAAGGGGACUGUGACCUUGGCUGGGUCCUCUUCCUGGAAGGGGACAGGUUAUACACCCCCCCACCCCAGCCCCGAUUCCCAAUACCAUCUCUGUGUCUUGGGAGAGCUCCUGUAUUCUGAUGCAGCACAGCACCCAGCCCUGGGCGCCCAGCCCGCGGAGCCUGCCUUGUGCCCCCACCCCCUCCUCAAAGGAGAAGGAUGCCUGGGGGGGCCAGCCCUCCCCCUCUUGCUUAUGUACCCGAGACCCCCCUGUAACAAGUGCCAGUGAGAAUUCCAGGCAACCCAGUGUUAGUGAGGCCAGAUGGGACCCUGGAACGAGCUGGCCCCUGGAUAUGAGUCAAAACAAUAUUCUAGAAAUAACAAAGUUGCCUUAACCUACUGCAGAUAGAGAAAUUGUUCUAGUUGUGAAUAUGCCCCUCUCCAUAACCAAAGCCAGUGUGAGCCCAGCUUCCUGUGCUAGGGGGCAUGAUAAUAAAGGAAUUGUAUC